AACAUUCCCUCCCAGGUCGGCCAAACCGAUCUGCGUUACCAACAACAGGCUCUUGUCUCCCAUCAGGAGCCCUGGGUUCGUCCCAUCCAGGAACCCUGUUUAUGUAAUGGAAGCAGCUUCGAGAAUGAUUGAACCAAGUCCUCCUAGGAUGGUUGCUGCUAGAACGCGCUUUUCGCCGUCAUCCAACUCUCCUUCAUCGGUUCCUAUGAGGAUUCAAGAUUUAAGAGAGAAACUAGAAGCUGCACAGAAGGUUUCAAGCCGCCAAGUCAGUGAAAUGCACAACGAUAAGAAGAGAGCAUUAGCAUCAGUCUCAAAACCAUCAACUAGUAAUAGUAAGUUCACAGGGAAAAACAGUUCUUCUGAUGGUUUGAAGAGAAAAGCAAAGCCACCUUAUGUAUCUGCACAAGCAAAGACCAGCACAACGCCCUUAAGCGUCCUCAGCAGAAGCCAAAAGGAGAAAGCAGAAGCUAAGAAUGGUCUCAGAGGAGGAGCUCACAUUAACACAGGAAAGAGUGUGCUUAAGCAGAAUCACCAGAAACAGAACUGCAGAGACAACAACCAACGCUCAGUGACCUCUGCUUCAAACCAAAAAAGCAGCAAUGUAGUUAACAAAGCUGUGAACAAGGUUCCGGUGUCAAAGCAGCAGGGUGAGGCAUUAGCGGGAAAGAACACUUACUUAUCUUUGUCCCGCAAAAAGACUCUUCCCAGGAGCAAAAAACCUCCAAAUGGGAGGAUGCAAGGAACUGGAAUCAAAAGGAAUGAAAACGUGAUAAAAUGUAACGUCACCAUUGAUAAUAACACAGGCAAAGAUGAUCGGAAAAAGGAAAUGGAUGUGAUCUCAUUCACGUUCUCAUCCCCCAUCAAAGGCUUAUCAUCUGAUUCUCUAUCUUCCACUCAAGGAAACACAGACCGAGACACAGACUCUGCAGUUAGUUUCGAUAUGUUUGGUGGAGAUUCUUUAAAUGUUCUGUUAGAGAAAAAGCUCAGAGAGCUGACUUCUAAGCUUGAGUCUUCUAGCUGUAGCCUGACCCAAGAAGAGUCUUCACGCUCCAGUGCAAACGAUGGGGUGAAAGGGAAGUCGACACAAAACGGUCUGGAUACGGUUUUAUCAGAGAGUGAAUCUGUUUCUGACUGCACUUCAGUCUAUGACAAACAAAAGUUUCAGAUGAUACAAGCAGAAGAGCAGGAAGUUAGCAGCAUUAGCACUGUGACAGAAGCUGAUGAUCUCAGAAGCUUCUGCAACAAGGGCUUCUCAGAUUGCAGACAGACCACAGAACAUGAGAUUAAACAGUCCUCACCAGAUCAAGAAUUCACAUGGGUUUCAUCAGCACAAGAAGAGUCUGAACUCUCAGAGUCUGUAAUAACACUGGCUUAUUCAGAAGACGAAGAAAGGCUAGACUGGGAGCUUGAGUACAUAUCUGAGAUCCUCGGUUCUGACCAACUGAUGGUGAAAGAGUUUGCUUUGGGGAUGGCUGCUGAUAUAUUACCUGCGAGCCUCUUUGAUGAAAUGGAAGGCCCUGGAGAAGCAACAGCAGCCAAGCUUAGAAGAAAAACUGUAUUUGAUUUUGUCAAUAACUCCUUAGCACUUAAAUGCGAGCAGAUGGUUAGGGGUACCUGCAGAGGGAUAUUCGGGAAAGAGGGGAUUCUGUUUGAACAUAGAGUUUGGUUAGCUGAAGAACUGAACAGAGAGGUUCAGGGGUUGAAGAAGAUGAGGGAGAUGAUGAUGGACGAGCUUGUUGACAAAGAGAUGAGCAGUUUGGAAGGGAAUUGGCUUGAUUUCGAGAGGGAGAGUUAUGAAGAAGGCAUUGACAUUGAGGGAGAGAUAGUCUCUACGUUGGUUGAUGAUUUAGUUAAUGAUCUUGUCUGUGUGUUCAAAGAACAACAAGGGCAUGGGUUAGUGUCUGCUUUUGUCAGAGUUUGAUCUUCUCUCAGCGUUGUAGAAGCUCCUGGUCAUAUCCUCUGAGCAUUCCUUAUAUAUUUUUCAACGGUUCUUUUGAUUUGUUAUGUAUUGUCUUACAUGGGUAAAUCCCUUUAAAGAUCGAAUGAAGUGCAAAUAAACUAUCAAAAUGAUUAAGAAAAAUGUUUAACAACUUUA